AGCUCAGAAUUUCAAGACACGACAAUACAUAUAAUUCUUUAAGUGGGAAAAACAAUGGCUUCAUAUAACCCUAAACUGUUAAACCAGAAAUACAAUAACUGGGUUAAAGGUCAGUUAGCUGUGUUGUUUACUAAAGAAGGACUUGAACCUUUUGUUUGUAAUGAAAUUCAACAAUUUCAAUUGAAAUGCUUAGAUGAUAUUUGCUAUAACAAUGGCAUUUUUAGUGGGACUAUAUGCUCAAGUUGCAGCACGGAAAAUGUUGUAAAGUGUCCUACAAAAGGUAUAUGUAUUGUCGGGGGUGGACAAUGCAGUUUUCACAGAAAUUCAAAGUACAUACUAGCCGGCUGUCCGAAUAGGAUAUGUCAUAAUUUCAAAUUAGGAAUACAGAAAGCUCAUAGGCAUCCUUGUCCGUCAUACAAAAACACUGAUACUACCCAGUGGUGCAGUAAUUCAUGGGAAGUGGCGAAAUGCUUCAUGCCCCCAGAUGGGUAUAAAGAUAAAGCAUCUGCAACAGAAACAGACUUCAACGGUAUAAUCAGCGUUAUCCUAAAUUACAAAGACUUCCAGCGGAAAGUACAUGAAAACCUUAAAGACGAGACCAAUGUGUUUGAAGUGGCAAGAAAAAUUGGAAGACAUUUGAGGCAUUCAUCAACACUUGAAGUAGAGGAUACAGAUCUUCAGGAAUACUUUCAAGUAUUACAGCAACUACUUUCUGAUUCCGCAUAUUUAGCUUCAGACACGCAUGCGCAGAAUGCUAAACAGAAACUUACAGAGCUAGAAAAUGACACUCUAGUCAUUGGUAAAGAUGAUAGAAAGAAAGCAAUAGACGAUGUUGUAAAAGCACUUCAGGACAAGAUAAAGGCUGGAUUAGAUGAACAAACUGACAGAAAUAAACUAGAUGCGAUAAACAUACUAAAUGAAGAAUGUAACAGAAAACGAAAGAAUUUGUCCGAAUAUGAAGAGGAAUUACGGAAAAGACUGAAGACAGCAUAUAAAGACGGGAAAGAUGAAGAAUAUAUGAAUAACAGAAAAAGUGAGUGAAAUAACAUUGUUAUCACAUGGCUAAAUUACUAGUAGUUUUCCAUUUCAAAUAAACAACGUAUUUUUAACUUCACA